UGAAAUAUUCCCUUUCAUUGUGCCUUUCUAUAUGGUAUCAGAGCAGUGUCUCUCGAUCCUGCGAUUCUCUUAUCAAUCACGAUAAACAAUGAUCGGUGAGGUGGCUGUGCCUCGCGGUAACGACGAUCCUCCUCCAAAUGACGCUCAAAUAGAAUUGCAGGCAACAUCCAUACGAAAACCUGCAAUUUCCGAUAAACAAUGGCAGACUUUGCUCCAACUUUUGGACUCUUGCAAGGGAACCUCUUCUGAAGACAAAUUAACAGGACCUACCUUCGAGGAUGCCGAUUGGAGUGGGUAGACGACGUGGGGGAGUUUAUUAUUUUCACAGUCUUGACAAAAUUGAAGCUCAUUCAGUGAAGGCAUCCGAUUCAGCACAGUUGUGGCACUCACGGUUAGGACAUCCUUCGUUGUCAGUACUACGAUUAGUAAAUUGUUUGAAUAAAUCUUCAUUCAAGCAAGUUCAGAAUAAAGAAUGUGAUGCGUGUUUGCGUGCUAAACAAACUCGCGAUGUGUUUAAGAUUAAUGAUGGUAGAGCUGGAGAACCAUUUGAAUUGAUUCAUUGUGAUGUGUGGGGUCCGUAUAGAUUUUCUGCUUCAUGUGGUGCCCGUUAUUUUUUAACUGUUGUGGAUGAUUUUUCUAGAGCUGUCUGGGUGCAUUUGAUUCGUGAGAAAAGUGAGGUCCAAAAUAUUCUGAAACAAUUUUUUGCCAUGACGCAACGUCAAUUUAAUAAAAUGGUGAAAGUUGUGCGUUGUGAUAAUGGGAUGGAAUUUCAAGCUUUAAGAAGCUAUUUUUUGGACAAUGGUAUUAUUUUUCAAACAUCAUGUGUGUAUACCCCGCAACAAAAUGGUAGAGUUGAAAGGAAACAUAGGCACAUUCUUGAAAUGGGUAGGGCUUUAAGAUUUCAUGCAAACUUGCCCAUUAAUUUUUGGGGUGAAUGUAUUUUGACGGCUGGGUAUCUAAUCAACCGCUUACCUUCACCGCUGCUGGGUAACAAGAGUCCUUAUGAACUGCUGCAUAAUAAGCCUCCACUUUAUGACCAACUUCGAGUCUUUGGUUGUCUCUGUUAUGCUCAUUCAAAAAAUACAAACGGUG